AUAUUUCUGAUGAUGAAUUUACUACGGUAUCUAGCAGACAAAAUAUUCAACUUAAUUUACAAAACGAGGCUGAAAUCAAAAAUAAAGAAAAUUUUGAAGUUAAACCUGAUAACGAAACAGUUGAAAAUAAAAAUAUGUUAGAUAUAAGUAAUGAAAUAUUUCUGGGAAGUGUUGAUAGUAUUUUAAAAGAACAUGACAACGUCCAAAUGUUUCAGGAUGACAAUCAAACUGUAUUUAUUGUUGAGGAAAGUUUAUUUAACAAAAUUGCAGUAGUAGCUAAAAAUGCAACACAGUCAGAAAAAAUAAUCGAGGAAGAAGAAGGAGUUGAGUAUAAAUGUCAAUUAUGUGAAAAUAUAUUUACUUCGUUAACCGGCUUAAAAGAUCAUAUAAAAAUAUCACAUAUUAUUGAUGAAAAUGAUGAUCUAGUUGAGAAAAAUGAUCUCUCUACUGAAGACAUCGACUAUGACGACGAUAUGAAUGCCAAACUCGUAACAAGUGAAAAUGAAAUUGAAGUUAUCAAUGAAAAUGGCGAGAGAAAAAUAAAAUAUUCCUGUAAACUCUGUGAUAGAUCAUAUAACGCAAAAAAUAAUUUACAUAGACAUAUCAAAGAUAAACAUUUGCCAAAAACAUCGGAACCAAUACGUCAAUAUAAAUGUGAGAUGUGUGGUCGUGGAUUCGCACGUAAAGGAUUGUUGGAACGCCAUAGAGAAUCACAUUUAGAACGUGUUGCAUUUCAAUGUGAACAAUGUGGGGAAGUUUUUGAUAAGAAAAAGAAAUUACGCUUACAUGUAAUUAAACAUGAAACACAGAAAAAGUUUCAAUGUGAUGUUUGCAAUAAAUGGUUUUUACGAGCUACUACUUUGAAAGUGCAUAAAAAACAACAUGCCAGUAUUUUACCAUUUCCAUGCCCCGAAUGUGAUCGAGCAUUUAGUAUGCGACCGGCGUUGGAGGCGCAUGUUCGUACACAUUCUGAAACUAGACCAUACGUUUGUAAUAUUUGUCGGCGUGCAUUUCGACAUCCUGGGCAUUUAGAUACGCAUUUAAAAUUGCAUACAGGCGAGCGACCAUAUUCAUGUACAAUGUGCGAAAAACGAUUCACAACAUCAACACACUUAAAAUAUCAUAUAAAGGUACAUUUAGACCAACGUGAUUUUAAAUGUGAGAUAUGUGGACGUGCUUUUAUACAUAGUACGGAGUUAAAAUAUCAUAUGAUAUCACAUUCACAAAUUAAAGAAAGGCCAUGCCCUAUUUGUGGUAAACUGUUUGCACGAACCAAUCAAGUUACAAAACAUUUAAAGCAAGUACAUCAUGUUACAAAAAACUUUUAUGCUCAUUAA